CGUGCGUGGAUUGGAGCACACGCACACGGCUCGUCGGCGAACCGAGUGAGGAAGUGGCGGUGGAGAGCGCUGGACUCGGUCCGGACGAGAUUGGAGUGCGAAGACAUGGCGGUGAAGACGCGGAGGCCGGCAGUGCAGCCCGUGGACACGGAGAAAAGCCCAGCGACGCACAGAGGCCGGCGGCCGCCCAGGGAGAGCCGGGCCACCAGCGGCUUGCCGGCUGGAGGCAGAGCUGCAAGAGCGGGCCUGUCGUACGCGGUUCUCAUCGUGGGGCUGGCUGCUUUGGCUGGGCUUGCACAUUGGUAUCAUCUUUCGUACCUGUUUGAAAAUGAUAGGCAUUUCUCUCACCUUUCAACUUUGGAAAAGGAAAUGGCUUUUCGGACAGAAAUGGGUCUCUAUUACUCUUACUAUAAGACCAUAAUUGAAGCGCCAUCUUUUGCCAGUGGGCUGCAUUCGAUAAUGAAUGACCGUCUUACUGAGUACCCCUUGGUUAUUAACACCCUGAAGAGAUUCAACCUAUACCCAGAGGUGGUCUUGGCAAGCUGGUACCGGAUGUACACCAGUACAAUGGAUUUCUUUGGAAUUUCCACCAAGAUGUGCUGGUCUGUCAACAGGGGGGAGGGUCUAAGUCCGGUGGAGAGCUGUGAAGGCUUGGGUGAUCCUGCACACUUCUACGUCUCCUUUGUGUUUCUGCUGAAUGGAGUCAUGAUGAGCUUGUUUUUUCUUUAUGGAACAUAUUUAAGUGGUAGUUGGCUUGGCGGUACCACCACAGUUCUGUGUUUCUUCUUCAAUCAUGGGGAGAGCACACGGGUCAUGUGGACUCCACCCCUGCGUGAGAGCUUCUCCUAUCCAUUCCUGGUCCUGCAGAUGCUGCUCCUUACCUACAUCCUCAGGAGCCAGAUUCCAAGGAGGAGAGCCUUAGUUGCCCUUGGUGUAUCCAAUGUGCUAUUUAUGCUUCCAUGGCAGUUUGCCCAGUUUGUCCUUCUUACUCAGAUAUCCUGCUUGUUUGCCUCCUACAUCAUGGGCUAUCUUACCCCCACAAAGAUGCAGUUGGUCUUAAUCACGCACAUUAUCUCACUAGGGGUGUGUUUUGUAUUGAUGUUUGGAAACGCAAUGCUUCUGACAUCCUUUUACGCUUCCUCGCUGGUGUCUGUCUGGGGAGUAAUUGCAUACAGGAACAGAAUUGCCAAAGCCUGCAAACCUGGAAUUAUUACAUGGGUGGUUCAGAGUUUUGCGUGGCUGAUAUCAACAAUCAUCCUGAAGUUCACAAUGUCAAUGGUCUUUGGAGCGUCAGAUGAUGCCCACAUUAGCAGCUUAAUCAAAUCUAAGUUCACAAGCUACAAGGACUUUGACACCCUGAUGUACACCUGUGCUGCGGAGUUUGACUUCAUGGAAAGAGAGACGCUGUUCAGAUUCCUAAGGACGCUGCUGCUGCCGAUAAAUCUGCUUGUUGUUACUGUCAUUGUUGGGAAGACAACAAGAGACAUCUGGAAGUUCUUAAUUGAUCCACCCAUGCCGGAUGAAGACAGUACUGAACUAGUCACAAGUGCAAAUGGAGAGCUGGUGUUCCACACACUGCAGCUCAUGGCCUUUGCAGUGCUGGCAGUCCUCAUCAUGAGACUGAAACUCUUCCUUACGCCUCAAAUGUGCUUAAUGGGCUCACUGAUCUGCUCGAGGCAGCUCUUUGGAUGGCUCACUGAGCGCUAUAAGCACCAGGUGAUGGUGUUUGCCAUGUUCUCAAUGAUGGCCGUCCAAGGUGUGUCCAACCUACAAGCCCAGUGGAAUAUUAUGGGAGAGUUCAGUAACCUGCCACAGGAAGAGCUUUUGCAGUGGAUCCAGGACAACACCAGUCCCGACAGUGUCUUUGCUGGAGCCAUGCCUACCAUGGCCAGCGUCAAGCUCUCGGCCCUACGACCCAUUGUUAACCACCCCCACUACGAAGACGCAGGCUUGAGAGAGAGAACGAAGCUGGUGUACGCCAUGUACAGCCGCAUGCCUGCUGAUGUGGUGAGGAAAAACCUGGAAAAGCUGCAAGUGGACUACUACAUCUUGGAGGACUCCUGGUGUACAAAGCGAUCCAGGCCUGGCUGCAGCAUGCCCGAGAUAUGGGAUGUGGAGGACCCCAAGAACAAAGGGAAAGUCCCCCUCUGCACUAUAAUGUCACGGGACGCUCGACCGCACUUCAUCACUGUGUUCCAGAACAGUGUUUACAAAGUGCUUCGGGUUCUGAGAACAGGUUCCAAAGCAGUCAGAUGACGCUGAAACACAAACUUCAAAAUGGAAAGCAUUUUGAUUCGUUAACUUGGCUGGCGGAUUUUUAUCAAACGAAACCUUCUUCAAAAGAGAUGAAAUCAGCAGCUUCUCCACUGUGUUCUCUGUGUUACUAGUUUCAACAAACAAGUUUAGGUUAAUUAGAUUUACCAAAGGUGCUGUGAGAUACCUGGUAUUUGUGUAUUGCAGCUGAUCUGAUGCCAUUUCCCACAUUUGUUUGAAUUUGGACUUUUACUGCAACCCUUUGUGAUGCUACUGUUUGUUUUUCUUUUAUAUUUACCAUUCUAAUAGAAUCCAUUUUAUGCAGUAUUUGUUCACACUCUUGGGAUAAGCUAAACAAAGGCUAUGAAGAUAGUUUACAAUUAUGUCCAUGUGCAAAUGAAACCACUGAAGUAUUGUAAGAUAUAUUUUAAUUUAGAAAAAAAAUACAAUGAGGUAAACCAUUUCAGCCUCUUUAAAAUUUCCAAAUCUAAAUUUUAAGGAGACCUUUUUUUUAACUUAUACUUAAAAUUCACAAGUAUUCCAAGGUAGGUGGUUGUUCACAACUGUCUGUUCUUGUGUUGACUCAAGUCUUUUUUUUGCUACUUUGAUGGUUAUACCUUUGUCUUUUGUAUUAAGUGUUUUAAUAGCCUUAUCUUUUUUAUGUACCGUGCAUUUGGUGUUCCUGUUGAUAAAGUAGGAGAUUUUUGUAGCCUCCGAUUUCAGGGAAAAUGUCAGCACUAAAAUAGUCUUAGAAAAAAGUUAUAUGGAAGGCGCUGUGUUUCACUGGUCCUUUUCGCAAGUAUUGUUAGAUAUGAAGUUGCAUGUUAACCAGGAGGAAGGGUACAGAAGCCAGUUGUUGCUGUGUGCAGUUUCAGCCUCCAUAUUUUGCUGAACGGUUGGAGUUCCUCUGCAUACAGCACCUGUGAAACUAUUUGUCCUUCGGCUGUGUGUCAGAGGUGCAUGACCAAAUGCCAGGGGUUCAGUACAACACUGAACUUGGCAGCAGACACAUCCAAUGAGAAGACAUACAAUCUGUAACAUGUCAAGUAAAACUGUACAGCACAUGUGCAUAAGUCCACACAGAAGAGGACCAACUGAUGGUUGGCACUCAUUCCACCUGAGAGGACCUGGGCCAGUGCAGUUCACUGUUGUCUGUUGAGAGAUCUUAGAAAUGUGCACACAGUCACAAAUUUAAGCUAUUUUACUAGAACAAUAUUUAUCGUAAUGUCCCUUUUUUUUUUA